AUGGACUAUCGCAACUUUUUGAGGUUCUUCUGGUAUGAAGACAACAACCCUGAUGCCGAAAUCAUUGAGUAUCGAAUGUGUGUACAUGUGUUUGGCAACAGUACAUCACCCGCAGUCGCUACAUAUGGUCUUCGCAAAACUGUCAGUGACUAUGUGGUUCAGUGUGAUGAAGAUGUCAGGAGCUUCGUUGAAAAGGAUUUCUAUGUCGAUGACGCUCUCACCUCUGUAGAAACCUGUAGAAAGGCUGUAAGUCUCUUGAAAAGAACACAAAAUGUCCUCCAGUCUGAAGGUCAACUACGCCUCCACAAAAUUGCUUCCAACAGAACAGAGGUCAUGAAAGCUUUCCCCAAGGAAGAUCUCGCCAAACAUCUAAAGACCGUGGAUCUCAGCAAGGAACUCCUCCCUUUAUGUCACAGUCUUGGAUUAGCAUGGGAUUUAAACAGAGAUGUCUUUAGGUUUCUCAUUCAAGAAGAUCAACUAGACAAGCCAUACACCAGAAGAGGUCUUCUAUCGGUUAUAAACAGCCUAUUUGACCCUCUCGGCUUCCUAGCGCCAUUCACAGUUAAGGGCAAAAUUCUUCUUCGGGAACUUGCACGUAAAGGCACAGACUGGGACGAAAUACUUCCUCCUGAUCGUCAGUGUGAGUGGAACCUGUGGAGACAGUCUCUUAAGGCUGUAGAAGAGUUGAGUGUUUCAUGUGCCUUUGUACCCAUAUCACCAUCUGAGUCAGAUUCAAGACAAGUUCACAUUUAUUGUGAUGCCUCUGAAAAGGCAAUUGCUUCAGUUGCCUAUCUAAUGGCUAUGAAGGAUGGACAAACUCAUGUAGGUUUUGUGCUGGGUAAGGCUAAAGUAGCCCCUCUGCACUGCAACACCAUUCCCAGAUUAGAGUUGUGUGCUGCCGUGUUGUCCGCUGAAAUUGCAGAGUUCAUCAGUGAACACCUGAACAUAUCACUCAAGAAUAUGAAAUUCUACACAGACAGCAAGGUAGUGCUCGGGUAUAUUGGCAAUGAUACAAGGCGCUUCUUCAUUUACGUGAGCAACCGUGUUCACAAGAUCAGACAAGUAUCUACUCCAAGCCAGUGGAGUUACGUUCACACUUCAUCAAACCCUGCAGAUGCUGCUACGCGAUGUGUACAAGAUAUGAACUUUACAGCCAACAAGUGGUUGUCUGGACCGCAACAGUCACACAGGGACAAUCCUGAAUCAAAAGAAGUUGUGUAUCCACUUGUGAAUCCUCAAUCGGACAAAGAAGUGAAGCCUAAAGUAGUUACAGUCAAGACAGAAGUCAACAGAUCUCUUGGUGUUAAGAAUUUCGAGAAAUUCUCUUCAUGGACCAGACUAGUAAAUGCCAUCGCAUUACUUAAGGAUCUCGUUCAAAGGAAAAAAGGGAAGGUCGUCUCUCGGCAACAAGACUCUGUUCAGAACUUUCUAUCUUCACAGAUAUUUAUUCUCCUAGAACUUCAACGAGAAGUGUAUGGUGCUGAAAUCUCUUGUCUUUACAAUGGUAAACCUGUUCAAAGACAAAGCCCCAUCCGCGACUUAUGUCCAUUCCUUGAUCAACAUAGCCUACUCAGAGUAGGUGGACGACUCUCUAGGUCUAAUCUCUCAUCAGAGGAAAAGCAUCCUAUCAUCAUACCUGGUGGCAGUCAUAUAGCACAGUUGCUUGCUAAACACUUUCAUGAACAUGUCCAACAUCAAGGAAGGCAUCUCACAGAGGGCGCAAUCAGAAAUGGUGGAUUCUGGAUUGUUGGCGCCAAAAGACUGAUUUCGUCUCUUUUACACAAGUGUGUUCUGUGUCGAAAGCUGCGUAGACCUCUGGAACAUCAGAAAAUGGCAGACCUGCCAUCAGAUCGGCUCACACCAGGAGUUCCAUUUUCAUCAGUAGGUGUUGACACUUUCGGUCCAUGGCAAGUUGUGACAAGAAGAACCAGAGGAGGCAGCGCCAAUAGUAAGCGUUGGGCAGUUCUGUUUACUUGCUUAACCAUCAGGGCAAUACACAUUGAAGUUAUAGAGGAUCUAAGCAGCUCAUCCUUUAUCAACGCUCUCAAAAGGUUCCAAUCCAUCAGAGGUAAAGUGACAUUAUUCCGCUCCGAUAGAGGCACUAAUUUUGUCGGAGCCACAGAUGAUCUCAAGAUUGAUACUAUUAAUAUGGAAGAAGGCCCAGUCCAGCGAUACUUGUACAAGUCAGGAUGUCAGUGGAUCUUCAACGCCCCACACUCUUCUCCCAUGGGUGGAGUGUGGGAGAGAAUGAUCGGUGUGGUGAGGAGGAUUUUGGACUCUCUUCUCGCCCAGAACCCAAAUCAUCUUACGCACGAAGUGCUUGUAACAUUUAUGGCAGAAACAUGUGCUAUUGUGAAUUCAAGACCCAUCACCCCUGUUUCAUCGGAUCCGGAUUGUGCAACAGUGUUAUCUCCAUCAAUGAUUCUGACACAGAAAUCUGAUUCUGUAGCUAUCCCAUCAGGUGAAUUCACUCUGCCAAUCAUGUAUAAACACCAACGGGCACGUGUCCAGCAGUUGGCUGAUAUGUUCUGGGAACGUUGGAAGAGAAUAUCUUCAGUUGCUACAGUUCCGCAGGAAGUGGACUGA